AUGGAUUUGUUGGUCGAGGAUAUAAAUAUUUUUGAAUCUGAUGAUGAUGAAUUUGUGGAAAGAAGACCUUAUACAUUAAGAAACAAACUGGAUAAUUUUCAAAAAUGGGAUGACGUAGAAUUUUUUGAACGCUUUCGUUUAAAAAAGAAUACAGUGCUUGGUUUAUUGCAUACAAUUGAAGACCAGUUGUUAAUACUGUGGAACAAAUCAAGAUCACAGACACCGAUGAACCAGUUAUUGUUAACAUUGAGGUUUUAUGCCACGGGCAAUUUUCUGCGUGCCAGUGGUGAUUUUAGUGGAGUGAGCAUUAGUACUGCUUCUCGAGUUGUUGCAAAAGUAUCCACGGCAAUUGCUUUAUUAUCAGCAAGAAUGAUCAAAAUGCCUCAAGGUAAUGAGGAAAUUCGUACAACGCAACGAGCUCAUUCCACCAAAUUGAAUUGA